GCUGUGUUUUUCAGUGCUGUGUACACCGACUGCUGAAGGCCACUCACCAUGUCUGGGUUUGAAAGCUUCAACACAGACUUCUACCAGUCUCCUUACAACGUAGACGACCAGAGCCAGGGCAGUUACAGCUACAGCAAUGCAGAAGAUCCAUACAAGCAGUACGGUCAGUACGAUUACUCACAGCCGAUGGGAUACAGCGCGCCGCCGAUGAUGCAGCCUCAGCAGCCUUACACGGGACAGAUCUAUCAGCCCACGCCUGCGUUCACACCCGCCACCUCGCAGUCCAUGUACGGCAGCAGCUUUGAGGAUGAGCCACCACUGCUGGAGGAGCUGGGAAUCAAUUUCGACCACAUCUGGCAGAAGACGCUGACGGUGCUGCACCCCAUGAAGGCAGCAGAUGGCAGCAUAAUGAAUGAAACGGAUCUGACCGGUCCCAUGGUGUUCUGCCUGGCCUUCGGGGCUACGCUUCUGCUCACGGGUAAGAUCCAGUUCGGCUACGUGUACGGGAUUAGUGCCAUUGGCUGCCUGGGCAUGUACUGCCUCCUGAACCUCAUGAGCAUGACAGGCGUUUCGUUCGGCUGCGUAGCCAGCGUCCUGGGGUACUGUCUGCUACCCAUGAUUCUCCUCUCCAGCUUCGGCGUGGUCUUCUCCUUACAAGGUUUGCUGGGAAUCGUUUUAACAGCCGCCAUCAUCGGCUGGUGCAGCUUUUCCGCCUCGAAGAUCUUCAUCUCGGCUCUCGCGAUGGACGGCCAGCAGCUGCUCGUGGCUUACCCCUGCGCUCUGCUCUACGGAGUUUUUGCCCUCAUCUCCGUAUUCUGAACUUUCUCUACAGGAAACACACACACACACACACACACACACACACCACACACACUUACUCGUUCUCAACAGCCGCUUUGAAACACAGUGCUCAGACCAAGCCACGCUCCGGCUAAGCCGUGAACAUCCUCAGCAUUUAGCACAUUCCCUCUUUAACAUCUUUCUUUCUGUCAGCCCUGUUUAUUCCAACAUCCGUGUUUACUCCAUAUCUUUAGUUUUAUCAUUUCAGAUUUAUUAGAUUUUUUUUUCUUCUUGUUUAGACUAAUGAAACUAAAUAAAAUGGCUGUCCAACAGCUGAAAAUGGA